AGAGAGCGCACACCUACUGCCGCACGCCACAGUAGCUCUGCUCGACCAAGUAAAUACACAGGUCUGCCUAGACAACUUCCUCAUCAUGAGUGUGAUCACACCCAACCUGUCUACUGUCCAGGAGCAGAAGCUGCUCUCUCUGUUCGGUCAUGUCAGACUCCACCUGCUGUACAAAGCCAGCAUCCACAGCUACACCGCUGCUGCCUUCCAUGGUCACUGUGACAAGCAGGGGCCCACUCUGCUUGCAGCCUACAACAACGCUGGCUUUGUGUUUGGGGCCUACACCUCCAAGGACUACACUCAGAACGGCCAGGCCAUCGUUGAUGAUGAGGCUUUCCUUUACAGCAUCAGUGGGUCUGGCACAAAGCCGCUGAGGGUGGCAUGCAACCAUGGUCAGAGUGCUUUCACAGAUGGAGCCACUGGUCCAAACUUUGGUGCUUUGGUUUUCCUGCAUGAUGACAAACCUGAUGUCCAGUCCAACCCAGGGACAGGCUUCACCUUUCAGCCGGCAGAAAUGCAUGGAGGUGACUUGGUCCUCACCGAGUUUGAAGUGUAUCGAGUGGAAAGAUUAGGAGGUCUCCUGGCCAAACCCUGGAGGAGUGUGCAGUGGACUGCUGAGAGAUAUCAGCAUUUGCUGCAGAAGAUCCAGAGCUACAAGUCUGACCUCAGUAUGGUGUCUCAUGCCAAAGUGCUGCUGGUGGGCCCGGUGGGUGCUGGCAAGUCCAGCUUCUUCAACUCCAUCAACUCAGUGUUUCGAGGCAACAUGACCUGCCAGGCCAUCUCUGGUACUGCAGGAAAGAGUGUGACCACUCAGUUCCGCACCUUUUCCAUCAAGACAGGGAAAAGUGGGAAAUCACUUCCUCUGAUUUUGUGUGACACCAUGGGGCUGGAAGAUAAUCCUGACAGUGGAGUAAACAUAGAGGAUUUGGUCAGCAUCUACAAGGGUCACAUACAGGAUCGCUAUCAGUUUAGUUCAUCAGCGCCUCUCCAGCCAGGCACUCCUGGCUAUAAGAAGCAAGUGACUCUGAAUGACAUGAUUCACUGUGUGGCUUAUGUCAUCGACACCUGCAAGGUGUCUCUCCUUUCGGACAAAAUCCUGGAGAAGCUGAGUGCCAUCCGGAAAAAGACCAACCAACUGGGCAUUCCGCAAAUUCUUCUGAUGACCAAAGUAGAUGAGGCCUGUCCUCUGGUGGAUGCGGACUUGAAAAAUGUUUAUCACAGUGUUUACAUCCAGAGGAAGGCCCAGGAGCUGAGUGCGGCUCUAGGGAUUCCCAUGUCCUAUGUGCUGCCAGUGAAGAACUACAGCCAGGAGCUGGAGCUGGACUUGAACACUAACAUACUGCUGCUCAUGGCGGUGGAUCAGAUGCUCAACUACGCAGACAGCUUCUUUGAAAACCAAGAUGUAGAUGAACAAGAAAAACUUGAUCAGAUGGAAAUGUAUACCAACCGUAAUUGAGGGUUCAUCUCAGCUGGUUUGAGUUACAGUAACAUUUCAUUAUCCACAGACGCAUGCACAAGCACACACAUGCAUGUAUGCAACAGGCAGAUCCCUACCCAGAAUUAUCCAAAUCCCAAAUAAGCCACACUCUUGUGCAGUUAUAUCAAGUACUGUGCAUGUCACUGCAAUUGUGCAUAUCACAAUUCAGCAAGUAAUUAGGUAAGUAAUCUAAUAUAAGUAAUAAGUAAGUAAUUUAGACAUUGUCUUGAAUAUGUUAAAGCUUGUAACACAAUAUCUUGAAAUAAAAUGGA